UCACUGUCACCCAGACAUCCGGACUUCAUACCGACGCUGUUCGUGUAUACAGACCAGUUCAGAAAGAAGGACGCGGUCGACCGCCAUGUUCGUACCGCGGCGCGUUCCAAGAGGAAAACAGGCGCUCCACCAACAGCAGGUAUCACCGGUUCUGGGCAUACUGGCCAUUUUCUGGCAUUUUUGUAGGUGUACAUAUACUUUAUGUGGGUAAAACACGUAUGCAAACUGACAUUCUGUUGGCCUCCCCAUUACCUGUGUAUGUACGCCAAGCACUAUGGCACACUAUAAAGGAAUAUAUGCAGUGGUGAAACGUGAUAUUUGCCCUAAGAACUACACUUCAUGCCCUAUCCGAGUCAUGCGUUUUUGUGUGUACUCAUACUAUUUUAUUACUCACUUUACGUCACAGGUACAGAGGUUUCAGGUCAAGGAGGAACUUGUAAAGGUCACAGUGAUGGGGAACCAGACACGUCCUGUGUUCAGGGUGCAGACUCUUCAUUCGACGAGGAAGCAGCAGCUGAUGCACUCUUGCUGCUUGCAACAUCCCCAAUGCUCACUGAGCCACAGGAGGUCCUAGAGCCAACGCCCUUAAGCAGAGAGGAGAACACUGACCACCUAUUAACUGAAAAUGUGGCAUUACAACGGAAAGUCAGGGACCUAGAACUGCAAUGCAGAAAGCUAAAACGCUGCACGUUUUCUGUGGAUACUAUUCACAAAUCGUCUUUUAAGUUUUAUACAGGACUGCAAAGUAAGGAACAGUUUGAAGCACUCUUUAAGCACAUUGAAAAAAAUGCAGAACGCAUGGUUUAUUGGGAUGGAGGAAAAACACAAGCAAAGGAAAGACAGCUCUCCAAGCGCGAAGAACUUUUCAUGGUGCUGUAUAGGCUCAGGACUGGUGUUUGUGCCAAGGAAGUGGCUCGAAUCUUUGGAAUUUCUCAGUCAUGCCUUAGUCGCAUCUUUUCUACAUGGGUAAUUUUUCUUGAUAAAGAGCUCUCAGCAUUGACAAGGUUUCCCACAUUAGCAGAGAUCAAAAGGCACAUGCCAAUGGCAUUCAGUGACUUCUCAAACACUAGAGUCAUCCUUGAUUGCACAGAGGUGAGAAUCCAAAGACCUUCAAAACUACAGGCACAGAGGCAUACUUUCUCCUCGUACAAGCAUUAUAACACGUUCAAAGCACUUGUUGGGGUAACACCAGAUGGCUACGUUUCAUUUGUGCCAGAUUUGUGGGGUGGGCAUGUUAGUGAUAGCGAAGUUGUCGAAAAAUCGGGCCUACUGGGUUUAUUAGAUGCGGGGGACGGUGUGAUGGUCGACAAAGGCUUUAGGUUGGAGGGCGUUUUUCCACCAUCUAUUCAAAUCCACAUGCCACCAUUUAAAAUGGGGAACCAAUUGUCAGCUAGUGACGUGAUUGCCACCCGAAAAAUAGCUGGCGCUAGGAUCCAUGUUGAGCGAGUCAUAAGACGUAUCAAAGAAUUUCAUUUUUUAGACAAACCACUGCCAAUCAACAUGCUCGACAUUAUUGACAGCAUUUUUAGGACUUGCGCCUUUUUGUGCAAUUUUCUAGAGCCAAUCAUUUCAAUCAAUAAUGAGAACAAGUAGCCAGCUCGCACAUCUCUACUUCAAAUGAGCCUCCUUUACCAUGCUUAUGACCAGAAGAGACCAGACUGUGUAACAACAGUGUACUCUCAUACUAUAUCACGUGUACUUACGACGACGCUGUCUACUGUGCUACCUUCUGAGGAAAUUUGUAUUUUCCAUCUCUGAAUAAAUGAUACUGCUUUUUCAGUUA